AGGCUCCAGUGACUCGUGAAACGGCGAGCUCCCUUGGCUUAUAAGAAGCAGUGCCUCCCGCCUCUUGACCUGGAUCGGGUCUAUAGUCGAGCAACCGCCGUCGGUCCGAUCCUCGGAUAUAUAAACGCUCGUUUCGGUGCAAAAGCUCCAUAUUCCUAUCUCUAUCAAUUGUGGGAAUACCCGAGUGUGGCAAAUAUGCUGUUGUAUCGUACAAUCGGCGUCCUGCUCAUUACCACUUUCGCCAACGCUCAGUUGCCUAAUAUUCCUUCAUGCUCUCUAAACUGUUUCGUUAGCGCUUUCGAGCGUGAUGGAUGCUCACAGUUGAUGGACUUUGCCUGCCAUUGCCAAAAGCCUGAAGUUGUAGGAGCUGUGACUCCGUGCGUGCAAAAGGCGUGCAGCCUUGCCGACCAGUCUGCCGUAUCUAGUGAGGUCGUCCGGCAGUGCUCGUUGGCAGGCCAUCCCAUCUCUAUCCCUCCUGUUGGCGGCGGUGCAGAAACUACGACCUUAUCCAUGCCCAGGACCUCUACCGUUGAGACUGGUAUUGCGUCUUCUAGCUCUGGAUCAGUAACUCUUCCGACGGUCGUUUCCUCAUCUACACCCUCAUCUUCAAAGGUGUCGCCGUCUGCAUCUGCAACGGCAUCGACCCCUCAACUGCCUUCGUCUACGGGUGGGCACACUCCAUCAAGCUCCGGGUCUUCGACAUCUCCGUCCGCUCCUCUUGCAACUGGCUCGGCGUCUAAUGUCAAGGCGGGUGUGGCUGGAGCGGCUAUUGUUGCCGCUGUGGCAGUGUACCUGCUAUAG